GUCAAGAUGGCUGCGAAUCUCAGGCAGGGUAAAGAGCCUGCAGUAGAAAGGCCGUGAAUGAAGUUUUGAAUAGAAAAUCCUUCGUCGCUGCCCGUUCCCACUGAAACCAUCGUGCAGUUGAAGUUGCGAUCAGCCCGCGGAGGACUUGCUAUAUUCACAAACAGCAACAGAAUAACAAAACUACUGAGGAUAAAGUCUCGUAUGAAUUCCGACGAGAAGGAGGACUGUGAGUGUGCGCCACCACAGGCCGAGACUAGCCCAGCAGGAGGACCCGAUAGAGAAUACGAGGAGCCUGAAAUAGAAAACCCAGAAGCAAGCCGAAUGAAGCGAGCAGCUGCCAAACAUCUAAUAGAGCGCUAUUACCACCAGUUAACGGAGGGCUGUGGGAAUGAGUCGUGCUCCAACUCAUGGUGUGCCUCGUCGGUCGGCUUCAGCCGCAUGGACAACAACACAGCAGCGGUCAAAGCCCUGGAGCUCUACAAGGUCAACGCUAAGCUAUGCGACCCCCACCCGUCGAAGAAAGGCACAGCGUCGGCCUAUCUGGAGAGCAGCGCUCACAGCAUCUCCGCCUGCAGCAACAGGAAGAUGAAUCAUAAAGAUGUCCACUCUGUGCGGGACAAUUUCAAAGAUGUAAAUUACCUGACAGAGGAGAAAGUGUAUGAGAUCUUGGACAUCUGUGGAGAGAAGGAGGACUACUCGCCUCUGAUCAGGGUAAUAGGUCGGGUGUUCUCUAGCGCUGAGGGUCUGGUGCAGAGCUUCCGGAGGUCCAAACCUCACACCAAGGAGGAGCUCAAGUCCCUCCAAGGUAAGGACGAGGACAAAGAUGAGGACGAGAAGGAGGCAGCUGCUUGCUCUGCAACAGCUAUGGAGGACGACUCCCCUGCCUCCUCUUCGUCAUCAAGGCUCGGAGAGGGCUCGUCAGCGGAAAACGAUGUCCAAAAGCUGGCGCCCGACGAGGUGUCGGUGGACAUCGAAGCUGUGCGCCGGGUCUACGAGCGCCUACUAUCCAAUGAGAAGAUCGAAGCCGCCUUCCUGAAUGCACUGGUCUACCUCUCACCUAACGUAGAGUGUGACCUGACAUACCACAAUGUGUAUUCACGAGACCCAAACUACCUGAACCUAUUUGUUAUAGUGAUGGAAAACAGCAACCUCCACAGUCCAGAGUACCUAGAGAUUGCGCUCCCACAGUUCUGCAAGGCCAUGAGCAAACUCCCACUGGCAGCUCAGGCCAAGCUGGCUCGCCUGUGGUCGCACUACAGCGCAGAGCAGAUCCGGCGCAUGGUGGAGACCUUCCAGCAGCUCAUCACCUACAAGGUGAUCAGUAAUGAGUUCAACAGCCGCAACCUGGUCAACGACGACGACGCGGUGGUGGCGGCCACCAAGUGCUUGAAGAUCGUCUACUAUGCAAACGUGCUGGGUGGCGACCUCGACAUGGAGCACAACGAGGAAGAGGACGAGGAGCCCAUCCCGGAGUCCAGCGAGCUCACGCUGCAGGAGCUGCUGGGCGAGGAGCGGCGGAACAAGAAGGGCCCUCGCGUGGACCCGCUGGAGACGGAGCUGGGGAUCCGCACCAACGAUUGCCGGCGGCCGCUCAUUCCCUUCGAGGAGUUCGUCAAUGAGCCUCUGAACGAGGUGCUGGAGAUGGACAAGGACUACACUUUCUUUAAGGUUGAAACUGAAAACAAGUUCUCCUUCAUGACCUGCCCCUUCAUCUUAAAUGCUGUCACCAAGAACCUGGGCCUGUACUACGACAACCGCAUCCGCAUGUACAGCGAGCGGCGUAUUACUGUGCUCUACAGCUUGGUGCAGGGUCAGCAGCUCAACCCCUACCUGCGGCUCAAAGUGCGCCGAGACCACAUCAUUGAUGACGCUCUGGUCAGGCUGGAAAUGAUAGCAAUGGAAAAUCCUGCAGACUUGAAGAAGCAGCUGUAUGUGGAGUUUGAAGGAGAGCAAGGUGUUGAUGAAGGAGGCGUUUCCAAAGAGUUUUUUCAGCUGGUGGUGGAGGAAAUCUUCAACCCAGAUAUUGGCAUGUUCACGUACGACGAGCGCACCAAACUGUUUUGGUUCAACCCGUCGUCUUUUGAAAACGAGGGCCAGUACACUCUGAUCGGCAUCGUUCUCGGCCUGGCCAUCUACAACAACUGCAUCCUGGACGUCCACUUCCCCAUGGUUGUCUACAGGAAGUUGAUGGGCAAGAAAGGAACUUUCAGGGACUUGGCUGAUGCCAACCCGGUUCUGUACCAGAGUCUGAAGGAGCUGCUGGAGUACGAGGGCAGCGUCGAGGAGGAUAUGAUGAUCACGUUCCAGAUUUCCCAGACGGACCUGUUUGGGAACCCGCUCAUGUACGACUUAAGGGAAAAUGGGGACAAGAUUCCAGUCACAAAUGAAAACAGAAAGGAGUUUGUGGCCCAGUAUGCAGAGUACAUGCUGAACAAAAGUGUGGAGAAACAGUUCAAAGCAUUCAGGAGAGGCUUCCACAUGGUCACCAACGAGUCACCUCUCAAGUACCUGUUCAGGCCGGAAGAGAUCGAGCUCCUCAUCUGUGGAAGCAGGAACCUGGACUUCCUAGCACUUGAAGAAACGACAGAAUAUGAUGGCGGUUACAACAGAGAUUCUCGAAUUAUCAAGGAGUUUUGGGAGACGUUGCACUCGUUCGGCGAGGAGCAGAAGCGCCUCUUCCUGCAGUUCACCACCGGCACUGACAGAGCACCCGUGGGUGGGCUGGGCAAGCUGAAGAUGAUCAUUGCCAAGAACGGGCCCGACACAGACAGGUUACCGACGUCUCACACUUGCUUUAAUGUGCUGCUGCUGCCCGAGUACAGCAGCAAGGAGAAGCUGAGAGAGAGACUGCUGAAAGCCAUCACCUAUGCCAAAGGGUUUGGCAUGCUCUGAGCCCCCCCCCCCACCAAAACCCCACUCCACCCCACCCUUGCUCCCAACAACUCAGCAAAAGGGACUCCUACCCCUCCUACCACCCUCCCACCUGGCUCCCUUCCUUUAUCAGACACAGUCUAAAAGGUGGCAAAAGACAGAGCAGAAUGCGUUUCCGGGAAAAGGCGAGUCAAUGACGAAAGAGGAGACAUGGUUCCAAUAGAGCGCUCUAGUAGUUCUUCUACUGUGCCUGCAUCAUCCCACAUCAGUCAGUGUAAGCACAGAGACCUCCUGAUCAAAGUACCCACCCCCACAUCCACAUUAUGUGAAUGUGCCGCAGCCUCCCCUUCUUUCUUUUUUUCUUUCUUUUUUUUUCUUCUAUGUACAGAGAGGAUCUUUUUCCUUAUUAUUUAUUUUAAGGCUAAAAUGGGUGAUUUUUCAUGCCUGCCUGCUCCUUCCCUACUUGAAAAUUGUGGGGGGGGAGGGGGGGGGGGCUAGGGUUAAUAUUAAACGAUGUAAAAAAUUUAGGACGGCGCGUUAACAAGUCAAUAUAAACCCAAUUUAUUAUAGAGUAGCCCUGAACUCGUGUUCGCAGGCAGAGGGAAAUCUAGUUUUAGAGUAGCCCCUGAAUACAAAAUGUUGUAUUCCCCACUAAAAAAAAAAACAAACAAAAAAAAACAUGAAAAAAAAAUCUGAGCUCUUGCUGAUCAUUCCACUCACAACCAUCGCUUACU